AUGCAACAAUUUGAGUCGGCUAAAUUCAGCAUUGACCAGGUUGUUCUCAUUCUGGAAAAAGUUCAUAUCAUAUGGGAACCAUUUUUGCUGCCUUCAACUUACAAGAAAAGCAUGUGUGCAGUAUUAGAAUCAGUUUUCUCUAGAAUUUCAAGAGAUAUACUUCUCCUAGAUGACAUAGCUGCAGAUGAGACUUUACAGCUACAAAGACUAAUCCAUUUAAUGCUGGAAAGCUUAUCAUCGUUAUUUGAGUCCUUGGCCACGGGUGAUCCGAAUUUGCAUGAGUUCUCUGCAGAGUUUCUUGAAGAUCUUAUUCCGUCUUUACGUAAAAUCCGCAAACUAUCAGAAUUAUUAGAUAUGCCUUUAAAAUCCAUUACAGCAUCUUGGGAGAAUAAAGAAUUGCUCAGUUGUGGCUUUACUAUAACAGAUGUGGAAGAUUUCAUAAAAGCUAUGUUUGCAGACUCACCUUUAAGAAAAGACUGUUUACGGAGGUUACAAAAUACGAGCUUUUAG